AUGUCCCUCUCCUACUUCAACGUCAAAAAGUUUCGCCGGCAGUCCAAGCAAGAACCAACUGAGGACACAGUCGAAAAAGCCGUUGAUGCCGCGGUCGGCAAGCCAAUAUCAUCACCACCAGCGCCAGCGAUGAGUACUCCUAGCGAAGAGCCCGCCGCCUCGCCGGUCCUCGACGAAGAAGAUGAGAAGUUCCUUGCACGCCUAGCUGCCAUCGCUCAGGAGCCUGAGGGCCCGCGACCACCGCUUCCUUCGCGACCUGCCGAAGUGGUCGAAAAUGGCGAAAAGAAAACGGGAAGGGAUGCGCAGCAGGCGUUGAUGGACGGUGCGGACAAAGUGCCGCUACCUACGAGUCCCCCGGAGGUCACUGUGUCGGAUGCGGAUAAGGAAGGCCUUGGCCGGAAGAAGAGCGUAAUGGGCUACUUCGCUCUCGCACAGGCACGCUUCAAAAAGGCGACAGACAAAAAGGAUGCAGACGGCAAGGACAGUAAAUCCAAGGAGAAGAGGAAAUCCACCAUCACACCUAAGGACAAGCAGAAAGCAGCCGAUGACCUCCUCUCCGCUGCAGCAGCCGCAAAGACCGAAGAGCAAAAAGAAAAGGAAAAAGAGGAACAGGAUCUGGCGGCUAUCCUCGACGACCUCAACCUCUCCGCCGUGAACAACCGUGUCUUCUCCUUUAGCAAAGAGUCUGAGGAACUCUUCAACAAAUUCACGCUUGUCCUCAAAGACAUCAUCGCCGGCGCGCCUACCGCGUACAACGACCUGGAAAAGCUGUUCAAAGAUUACGACGAAAAUCUCAAGAAGAUGUACGGCAACCUCCCGCCGUUCCUGCAGAACAUGGUCAAGAGCCUUCCAGCCAAAAUGACGGCUGCGCUUGGGCCCGAGGUUCUCGCUGCGGCGUCCGAGAAGCCUGGCUUCGACGCAAAGCAGAAGCAAACCUGGCAGGAAGGCGCGAAAACCUACGCCAAGAAGAAGGCGAAGCAGAAAGCGAAGAUUCCCAGCUUGAAGAGUCUGCUGUCCGCUGAAGGUGCGGUGGCUACUAUGCUGCGCAGCAUUCUAAACUUCUUGAAGCUGAGGUUCCCGGCUAUCUUGACGGGCACGAACAUCCUCAUGAGUUUAGCUGUGUGUCUCCUCCUCUUCGUCUUCUGGUACUGCCACAAGCGCGGCCGUGAAACGCGUCUAGAGAGUCAAGAAAAGGACCGUCUCGCUGCUGAAGGUGGUGACUCUAAUCUCGCUAGCAGCGCUUCCUCCCUCGCCUCGGCGGAUGAUUCAAUCUUUGCUUCUAAUUCGAAUCUGAGGAACAACGGCGACUCGAGCCGGCAAGGUGCGGCGCAACAAGAGGAAACACCCCAACCACCGCUAGUAAUCUCAGACGAACGUGGCCAGGAUGCGCCGCGAGCAACAGUGGAGGAUAUGCCGAGUGUGAAGGAUUUGCCGUCGCCGUCUACUAGGUAA